AUGCGCAACCAGCUACGAUCAAAAGCUGAAAUGGACUUCUUCAUCGAGUGGGUACUGGGGUGUUGUACACUGCACAACAUGCUUGCAAAACUGGGUGACGCAUGGAAGUGCAUGGCAUCAGACGACGAUGAAGAUGAUGGCAUUAUUGAUUCGAUUGAAGGGGAUACUGAAAGGUCUAUUCGUGAGAAAGUAAAAUCAAUUACGCUGCAGAUGCACCGUUUUGCUACGUAUGAAUGCAUGUAG